GCGGUGGGGGCCCCGGGGCUCGGGCCUCUGACCUCGGUCGCUCGCGGCUGCGGUCCGCCCGGGCUGCGCCUGUUCGCUGUGCCCACGGGGUCGUUCGUGGAAGCGAGACGGGCGACUCCUCCGCAGGUGGCCCACGAGGCCACCAGGCCCCCUGGUUGUUUGUGUGCGGAGCCGCGAUCUCCCUCCGCACUCAGGACGGAAGCCCUAGCUCCUAAGCAGGCCUGCGUGGCCUUGGGCAGGUCCCCCUCCCGUUCUGGGUUCCUUGCCUCUAUGGAGAUAGGUGGACUGUAGUCUCCCAGGCCUUUGCCCUCUGGUCGUCAAUGUCUGCAUCUGUAAAACGGGCCUAUCUAUAUCCAGACUUUCUGCCUGGUGGUUAAGAGGAUUGAAUGAGCUACAGCACAUGAAGGGCAGAAUCUGGCGCAUACUGAGAGCUCAAAUGUGGUUAUCAGCAUAAGGAGGUUGGGGGGACACCCCUGAGAAUCUCUCCUUUUCCUUCGUGGGACCCUGGGGCAGAACCGGGGGAACUGCCUCUUCUGAUCCACUUGGUGGUGGCGGGCAGAGGGCUUGGGAUGCAGGCCACUGCCCUCCUGGUCAGGAACUCUGGUGGCAGAGCCACCCGCGAGUCGGCCUUCGUGCACGCCAUCGCCUCUGCCGGCGUGGCCUUCGCCGUCACGCGCUCCUGCGCCGAGGGCACCUCCACCAUCUGCGGCUGCGAUUCGCAUCACAAGGGGCCGCCGGGCGAGGGCUGGAAGUGGGGCGGCUGCAGCGAAGACGCCGACUUCGGGGUGCUCGUGUCCCGGGAGUUCGCGGACGCCCGUGAGAACAGGCCGGACGCGCGCUCGGCCAUGAACAAGCACAACAAUGAGGCGGGCCGCACGGGGCACAUCAGCUCGGGAGUGUGGCGGCCCGUGGAGCAGACCAUCCUGGACCACAUGCACCUCAAGUGCAAGUGCCACGGGCUGUCAGGCAGCUGUGAGGUCAAGACCUGCUGGUGGGCUCAGCCCGACUUCCGCGCUAUCGGCGACUUCCUCAAGGACAAGUAUGACAGUGCCUCGGAGAUGGUGGUGGAGAAGCACCGGGAAUCCCGCGGCUGGGUGGAGACCCUGCGCGCCAAGUACGCGCUGUUCAAGCCGCCCACUGAGAGGGACCUGGUCUACUAUGAGAACUCCCCCAACUUCUGUGAGCCCAACCCUGAGACGGGCUCCUUUGGCACCAGGGACCGGACUUGCAAUGUCACCUCACAUGGCAUCGAUGGCUGUGACCUGCUCUGCUGUGGCCGCGGCCACAACACGAGGACGGAGAAGCGGAAGGAGAAAUGUCACUGCAUCUUCCACUGGUGCUGCUACGUGAGCUGUCAGGAGUGCAUCCGCAUCUACGAUGUGCACACCUGCAAGGCAAUGGGAACGGGUGAAGUGUGUGCGUUUGGGCAGAGUCACCGAAGUCCCCUGGGAAGCAGGACCCGGAGCCGGGCUCAGCCCUCAGCACCAGACCGCAAGGCACCCGGACUGUUGCCAGACGCCCGGGCGGUAAACCACCUGGACCCGAGCCGCCGCUGGCUCUCGGGGGAGGCCUCCCUCCCACUCUCUUACGUUUCUCACCCUGCUCCGGAUGGUGUGUGGUUUUUUAAAGAAGGGGCUUUCUUUUUAGUUCUCUAGGGUCUGAUAGGAACAGACCCCAGGCUUAUCUUUGCACAUGUUAAAGAAAAUAAAAAUGGAAAAAAAAUU